CCUUUCCUUCUUCUUGUCACCCUUUCCUUCUUGUCACCCUUUUCUUCUUGUCUUUUAAAAUCCCCAUUUCUCUUCACUAAUCACUACCCUCCUCUCUCUCUCAUUUCAAAAUUCUCUAUUUUCCAUCUCCAUUCUUCGAGGUGUUAAAACAAUUGUCAAGAAAAUGAAGAAUGUGAUUGAACAAGAUGAAGAAUAUUAUUCUGCCCAGAAGGGUCCCUAUCAGCUGAAUGAAGAUAUCUGCCCAGCUUCCCCUCCAAUGCAGCUUUCUGAAGAUACUGCUGCAUUUCGGCAUGGUUCCAAUCUGCUUACUCCAAAACAGAAACUUGUUCUUAAUGAAGCUGCAGAUCAGGCUCUUCUUUCUAACUCAUCUGCAAGCUCUUGCUGUAGUUCCUCUGAUGUAUCUGCCAAGGAAGGUUUUGAUUCUUCAUUAUUAUCACCAGAAUUUGAUUCAGAGUCUUACAGCUCAUCUCCUGAUGGGAACCAAAAAUCAGCCUUAAGUGGGGUGCAAACAACCUUGCAAGAAGACUAUUUGGAGUUGGGGACUGAACUGCUAAAGAAGGACGAAAAUGCCUAUGGUAUCAACCAUGAAUAUUUGGAUUGUACAUCAAAGCUUAGAGAAGACAGAGAGUAUGAAAUGGUGCUGAAUAGUAUCAUGGAUCAGGAACAUAAUCUCAGUGUUUCUGACCAAAAAAUCCAGUUCUCAGAAGAAGAGAUACAGGGAUUGAAGUAUGAACUUGAGAGAAAUGUAGUAGUUGCCAAGCUUAUAGUUUUCCUGAAAGUGCAGCUUGAUUCAGCUAGAAGCGAGGUAACGAUGCAAAAGGAUGAUCUUGGAAUGGACAAAAGAACAAUCCAGGAACUGCAAAAGCAAGUAGCUCUGUUAGAAAGUCAGAUAUCAAACUCUGAUUACAAGAUUGAGACAUGGGAAAGUGAGUUAGAAAUGACUAGAGAAAAGCUUGAGGCAUCGGAGGAAGAAGUUGCCAGGUUAAAGCAUGAUUGUUCAAAAGUGAUCACUGAGAACACUUGCUAUUUGGUUGAUCAGCUUGAAUUAACUCAGGAAGCGUUAAUCUUGCUAAAGGGCAAGCUUGAUUCUGAGGAAAGACGUGCCUCAGAACUACAUGAGAGCGUUAUGAGGUACAAAGCUGACAUAUCAGAACGCGACCAAGAGAUCAGGAGAAUCAGUGCUGUACUAGAGGAGGCCCAACAAAACUUCUGCAUGCAGAGAGAGCAGUUCCAAUCUCAAAUGACUAGUUUGUCAAAACAGCAGGCCCUGCUAGAGGUGAGGACUGAACAGUUGGAGAUGGAAAACAGAUCAUUAGAACGUAAGGCGAGUCAAUCUGAAGCUCAGAAGAUUGAAAUGAAAACUUUGCAUGAGGUACAAGAAAUCAAAUGGAAGGCUGAAAUCGAAUGCUUGAAAAUGGAGAUAAAUAAGAAAGAUGAAGAAGUCCAAGCUUUGAAUAAAGACCUUGAUAAGCUUAAACUGGACUAUGACACAGUAGUGGCGGAGAAAGAUGAGGUUCAUGUUAAGGUACAGACACUGGGUGCAGAAGCGAUGUCUCGGGAUGUCCAAAUCCAAGAAAUGGAGGAUCAUAUGAAGCAGCUGAUUACAGGAUCUGAAAGUGCUCAGAAAUCAAUAGAAGAACUAAGACUAAAAGUGGAGGAGUUGCAGAAUGAAGUGGAAAGACAAAUGUUGGUACUCUCAGAUAGAGCUGAGGAGAAAAGGGAGGCUAUACGGCAACUGUGUUUCUCACUGGAGCAUUACAGAAAUGGAUAUCAAGAACUCCUGCAGGAUUGUGUGCAGCGUAGAAGACAUGCUAUCACAGCUACCUAGUUCACUUAAUAGCUUCAUUAUUUGUUUCCUAAAUGCUACCUUUAUGCUUAAGAAGUUUGGAUUCUUUAUAUUUCAUUGUAGUUAACUCUUGUGGUAUUGUGUCGUAUUUAUUAUCCGGGAUGCUUUUGUCGAUGCUUAUGCCAAA